AUGAUAUUUGGUUUAGGUAAAUUGUUUUAUGUGAUAUUAUUGUUAAUAAAUUCAAUAGCGGUUUUAAGUGAGGAAAGAUUUUUAAGAAGGAUUGGUUUAAGUUCAAAUGCAAAUACUUCAUAUAAUAAUAAUAAUAACGCAUUUUAUGGAAGUCCACCUGCCCAAGAAAUAACGGCUAGAUCCAAAUUAGUCUCGUUAAUUAGUGCAAUUCAAACACUAUUAAGAAUUAUUGAUUAUUUAACAUUGCAUAAUGGGAAAAAAACAACAUUGAUUUGA